UUUUAAGGAACCCACGUUAUCAGCUCUACUAUACUACACAUACACAUUCUUAUAUAAUAGAUUUCAUAAUCUAGCUACCUGAAAUUUGAGGGUACACGCACAAAUGCCAUUAAUGGAUUCACUACGGAACCGAUUUUCCGAUAAUUUAGAGGCAAAUCAAAUCGAUGACGACUAUUCGGUACCGGCUCGGUCGUCUUCCAGCACUGCCCUAGCAACAGGGGUGGCAUCAUCACAACCAGAACAGACUACUUCGUCAGAUACACAAUUUGAUCCCGAUGAAGUUGUCCCGUCAUAUGAAACAUCACAAAGAAUAUACGGAACAACACAAACCAUAAACUCCGCCAGCGGAAUCUACACUCCCAUCCCAUCCCUUCCGAUUCCACUAACAAUAUCCGAUUCCAAUUCAUCAUCAUCGUCAUCAAUCAAUUCUAUUCCGACCACUACCCACCCACAUCCUAACCCACAAGCACCCCCUUCAUUGAAACAAUUGGGCCUUAAAUUCCUUAAUGCCCGUCAACAUUUCGCACUCGCAUUAUGUCGGGAUAUCUCCCUUAUGCCCGCUCUCAUAAGUUUAUACCAAUCUUGGAAACGUAUGUUCAUCCACGACUCACUACUAACAUCAGCGCGAGGGCUGGAACACUUUCUUGCCGGGUUGUGGUGUAUUGUUGCGUCAUAUUUGUCAUAUUCAGUACUUGACGGGCUCAUUGUACGAUGGAUUGUGAUAUAUCUGACCCCGGCGGCCAUAGUGCGAGUUCUUUCCAUGUCAGUCAUCAUUAUUGCCGUCGAGUUUUAUCUUGUUUCCGCAUUCUCAGCCCAGGGGUACAAGUAUGGGUUACACAUUUGGAUCUUGAUCAGUUGUAUCCUCACAUUUGCAUAUAUUAUUCAAAACUUCUUUACUUCGAAUCUAGAAUUGAGGCGAAUCGGAGGAGCUGGUCAUACCAGAUCGAGUAGUAGAACUAUCGAGGCCAGUGAAGGUAGAAAUAAUGAGCGGAAGAAGGAAAGACGAAGAUUCUUUGAUUUUUAUAAUAUUGUUGUGUUUGCUGUGGUUCCGGUAGGAUUGGCGAGUUUUGUAACUAUGAUUGGUCUAUUACGAAGUUUAUUAAUCUUGAGGAUUGAUAUUGAAACCGUGGCUCGUGAAACCAAACUCAUAUAGAAAUAGUCACUUUUGCUCACUUAAUUGCAUAUUGUUUCAUUUCAAAACCGAAGUCCAAGAUUACAUUAUACAAGGACCGUCUUUUCCUUGCUUGGUUGAAUAUAGCAAUAUUACAUAUACGAACCGGAUCAGGAUCAACCGGUAUAAUUUAGUCUAUAUAGGUUUAAAUUAUUUAGUUUUAAUUAAAAUUUUGCAAUCAUUAAUGCCUAGUAAAUGUUCUUUCCGGGUAACAAAUUUCGAAUUUCCAGUGUAUAAAAUAAUCAUCGCACCAUCAAUUUUUUUUAAUUCUUUUACCUUUCUUUUCCUUUCCUUAAUCAAAAAGCUUAAUAUUAAUUAAGAUAAGGGAAUAUUUGCCACGACGAGAUAAUGUAAAUUGUCAAGUUAUACUCGUUGCCAUUUUAUAAUGUUCAUUCCCGAGAGUACGAAUAUGGUCCCUAUAGGAAGUUUGAAUUUCGUUGGGUCUCUUCAGUGAGGCGAUGGAUUUUGAAUGUCGAGAUUUUGGGAUACAUCAUUGUAAUUGUAGAUUCAAUCUCUGUUAUGCGUCAAUUAGAAACGAAUUUAUGUAUGACUGGUUUUCAUUACGUUGUUGUGUUAGUCCAGACAUGUCCUGGGUGCUAAACACAAUACUUGCAAGCGCUCAAACCCCACCGAUCAAAACAUUUGACAAUAAAUUGAACCUUUUGUUUUAAGCUAAAUGUGCAUUCUACAAUCACAGUAAUAUAUAUACGUUUAUUAAAUUAUUUAUAAACUGGAAACGUAGUAUGACCAAGUGAAAUGGGUCAAGAACACCAUAUUUUUUAUCAUUCUCAUAAUUGUACACAGUUAACGACGCAACUUAUAACUUAACGGUACUUGUGGAAACCGAUGUCAGUGGCCUUUUCUCUGAAACAUUGACGACAUAAGUCAAUACCGUACUUUCUGAUUAAACCAGUGUGGGAGGAACAGUGACGACAUUGUCUUGAACCUUUACCGUAGUUUCUUGGGUGGGAGAACCAAACGUUUUCGUGAGCCAUCUUGAACUUAACGUUAAUGUAU